AUGGAUGCCCUUUUGGAGAAAGACGCCUAUAAAGGGACGGGCAAUAACGAGUAUGGGGGGCAGGACGUUGUAACGGGGGGUUUAAGCACUGUGCGGAUAAGGGAGGGGAUGCCGCCAGCAGUGGGCGCAGAGAAGGGCGUGCCACGUGGCGUGGUGAUAUUGGUCGUCGUGUUCCUGGACCUGUUUGCAGUUGGCAUGGCCAUGCCACUCGUUACGCCGCUGAUUGUAGAGCUAGAUCCAGGCAUGGCGGCAGUCAGAGCGCUCGUCCUCGCGUGCGUGCUCCUCCUCGUGUCGACGUCCGCCUUGGCGCAGCGUGGUCCGCCUGGCGGAGGUCCUCCUGGCGGUCAGCGCGGAGGCCCUGGCGCCAGUUUCGGCGGACCCGGCGGUCCCGGCGGUCCUGGCGGUCGCGAUGGUCCCGGCGGGCCUGGCGGUCCCGGCGGGCCUGGCGGACCGCGCGGUCCUCCGCUGAACCUCACCGCCGUCGGGAAUCUGACGGCCGAUAUCGGCGCGCAGCUCGCCAACUGCACGGUGGAUCAGAAGACCCUCAACGGCAGCUUCCACCUCGCCGUCUUCAAGAACUCCACCGGAAACUACAAUCUGCUUGUCGAGGCAAUGCUGGUGGACGCGGCGGGCGGUCCGCCCGACUCGCUGGCGAUCGUGAAGGGCGCCGUGUGCGACGCCGCCGCGACGGACGUGCUCGCGCUGCCGCUCGCCGCGGCGGACUGGCAGCAGCGCGCGGGGUGGUGGCUGCUGCACGCGGAGGCGCGCCUCGACGCGUUCCUCGAGAACGCGGACGCCGCCACCCUCGACGCGCUGCUCGCCGUGCUCCCCACCGCCUCGCCUCCGCCCACCAGAAGCGGCGGCGGGCGCAACGGAGGAGGCAGCGCCAACGGCGGCAGCGCGGGGGGCGCGCGGAAUGGGCAGGGCGGGAGGCGCAUGGGGCGGGAGCUGCUGACGCGCGCAUUCGGCCUCGCGGCCAGGCAGGGGGGACAGAAGCAGGGGGGACAGAAGCAGGGGGGGCAGCAGCAGGGGGGGCAGCAGCAGCAGGGGGGAGCGCAGCAGGCGCCUGUAGUGAGCGGGUAUGCUGUGCUGGCGGGCAGCAGCGCAGCAGGUGUGACGUGGGGCGGGCAGCUCAUGGGCGCCAAGAUGCCCGCCGCUGCUGUUUAA